AUGGUGUCUGUGGUGCUGUGCAUCCUCUUUCCUUUGCUGGCAACCACCACAGCCUCAAUUCAGGCCAGUGCAGGCUCACAUUCCCUGCAGUAUUUCACCACCGUUUUGUAUGAUCCUGGCUACCGCAAAUCUCGGUUCACCAUCGUGUGCUACGUGGACGACACUGAGAUUGUGAGCUUUGACAGCGACUUGGCAAGUCAGAGGGUGGAGCCGCGGGUGCCUUUUAUAGCUCAGGACCCUGAGCAUUUGGAGGAGCUGACUCUCAACAGCAGGGAGAUCUUAAUACUUGGCCGAAUCGAACUGUGGAAGCUGUUUGGCCAGAGAGAGAAUGGGUCUCACAUUGUCCAGUGCCUAUCCGGCUGUGACAUAGGGUCAGACCAUCGCCUCCAACGUGGAUAUCUGUACGUUGCUGAUGAAGGCCAGGAUUACAUCUCUCUGACUGAGGAUCUGCACUCCUGGGUUGCUGUGGAUACCAAGGAGGCUCAAAUCAUCAGGCACAAGUUGGAGGCAUCUGUUUAUGCUACAUCAUGGAGGUCUUUCUUGGAGGGCAGGUGUGUGAAGUGGCUUCUCAAAUAUCUGGAUAAAGGGAAGGAGAUGCUGCAGCGUGCAGAUCCCCCCAAAGCAAAUGUGACCCAUCACCCUACACUUGAAGGUGAUGUCACCCUGAGGUGCUGGGCCCUGGAUUUCUACCCUGCUGACAUCUUCUUGACCUGGAAGAGGGAUGAGGAGUACCUGACCCAGGACAUGGAACUUGUGGAGACCAGACCUUCAGGAGAUGGAACCUUCCAGAAGUGGGCAGCUGUGGUGGUGCCUUCAGGAGAAGAGCAUAGAUACACAUGCCAUGUCCAACAUGAGGGGCUGCCUGAACCUCUCAUCUUGAAAUGGGAGCUGCCUCUCUCUCCUACUACCCCCAUCAAGGGGAUCACUGCUGGUCUGGUUCUCCUUGGAAUUUUGCUCAUUGGAGCUCUGGCUGCCUUUGUGAUGAGGAGGAAGCAUGCAGGGUCUCACACUGCACCCCAGGCUGGGCUGGAACUUACUAUGUAGUUGUGAUGGCAAAUCUUCAUCGUCAGCUUGACUGGAUCUAGAAUUGUGACUCUCCUACAGCUGAAGGCUGAUUCUAUCAGACCCUGCCUUGCCACAGAUAACCAUGCCUCUCUGCCCACCUCCUGCUAAUUGCCCUGCCUCUCUGCAAGUUCCAGUUAUGUAGGAAGUCUCUCCUCCAAAGACUGAAGAUGAAGCUGCUGAUUGGGCCAAGUUCCAGAUGAACUUGGGGGAGGGGGUUUUGCUUUACCUAUCUACCUGUUUGUUUGU